AUGGUUGGACAAUUUAUCCCGUCUAGUGGUAAUAAAUCAUUCAUUUUAUCGUGGGGUAUUAGAGAAAGCAGAGAAAUAUCAUUACAAAAAGGAUAUGUAAAUAUUCAAAAGAUUGCUGAUCAUUUACAUUUAUCUAGCCAACACAUUGAAGCUGCACAGAGAAUUUAUUUAAUGGCUUUACAAAGAAAUUUUACUAUGGGUCGUAAUAAUUCAUAUGUUGCUGCUUCUUGUUUAUAUACCAUAUGUAGAAGAGAAAAAUCACCUAUUAUGUUAAUAGAUUUUAGUGAUAUAUUACAAACACCUGUAAAACCAUUAGGAAAAACAUUUUUAAAAUUAUUAAGAUUACUACAUAUUAAUGUUCCAAAUAUAGAUCCAUCAUUAUUUUUAGAAAGAUUUGCUCAUAAAUUAAACUUAAAAAAUGAUAUUUAUAAAGUUACAUAUACAGGUAUUAAAUUAAUUCAAGCUAUGACUAGAGAUUGGAUAAGCACUGGUAGAAGACCUACAGGUUUAUGUGGUGCUGCUCUUUUAAUAUCAACAAGAAUGCAUGGUAUUUCUAUUAAUUCAAAUACUAUUGCUGAUAUUGUUAGAAUAUCUAAUCCUACUAUUAUCAAAAGAUUAGCUGAAUUUAAAAAUACUAGUACAGCACAAAUAAAAGCUAGCGAAUUUGACAAAAUAUCAAUUAAUGAUAUACCAUCAAAUAAUAUACCGCCAUGUGUUAUUUAUUAUAACAAAAAGAAAUUUAAAGAUAAUAUAUCUGAAAAAAAUAAAACCUUAUCUUUAUGUGAUGAUGUAGAUAACCUUUCUGAAGAUAUGUCAUCAUCUACUCUAAUAAAUAAUGAAGAAAAUAAAAUGGUCACUCAUAGUAUCAAUCAUAAUUUCUCUUCUUCUAAAUAUCAAGAAAAUAAUACAAACUUAGUAAGUAGUACACAUUCUAAUAUAGACAAUACAGAUCUUAUAUUUAAUAAUAAUUCUUCUGAUCAUUUAUCGAAGUCAGAUUAUUCAAUACAUCUAGAUGAAAUAUGUAAUGAAAACCCUAAAGGAAAUGAUAUACAUAAUCUUGCUCAAAAAAUUAUGAACACAAUCAAUUUAGAUAUAAAUAGUAAUAUAUUAAAAAAUAUUGAUACAAAAAUGAAUUUACAUAAUAACCUUAUAGAUACCUUCUCUGUAAAUACAGAUGUAUCAACAAAUACACACAAAGGCAGUCAUAUAUCAUAUAACAAAGAAUAUACAAGUGAAACAAAUUAUUUGGAUAACAUAAAUAAUUUAUUAAAUGAAAAUGAAAAUAAUAAUAAAAAUAAUCAUGGUAAUAAUAUUGCAGAUAAUAAUCCAUCUUCCCUUUCAAACAAUAAAUCAAACGAAUCAAAUGAUAAUACAUAUAACACAACAUUAAAAGAAACUGUUACAUGCGAAAUAAAUAAUAUUCUUAAUGAUGUAGAUGAGGCAUAUAAUAAUUUCCUAAACGAUUCAUCAGAUUUUCAAAAAGGACCAAAAAAAAAUAAUACAAAUAAUACGAAUAAUAUUAAUAAUAUUAAUAAUAUUAAUAAUAUACUUACAGAUUUUAAUUAUUUCUUUGAUAAUAAUUCUAAUAAUAUUAAUGAUCAAAAUGAAACUCUAGAUUUAAAUUCAGAAUGCUCUAGUAGUCCAAGUUGUAAUUCUUUAAGUGAUGUAUAUGAUAGUGAGAUAGAAAAUAUUAUAUUAUCAGAAAAAGAAAGAGAAAUGAAAAUGCUUAUUUGGGAUGAUAUGAUGAAAAAUCAUUUGCCUCAUUUAUCCAAACAACUUAAAAAACAUAAAAAAAGAAGUCAUAAUGAUAAUAAUAAAAAUAAAGAUACAAAUUCUAAAAAAAAACAAAAUACCCUUGAAGAUUAUUCACAAAUACAAUCUACAGGUGAAUCUGUUUUAAAAGCCUUAGGCAAAUCAGACAAAAAUUUACCAAAUAAAAUUAAUUAUGAUGUAUUACAAUCUUUAUUUACAUCAUAG